GUUAGCACUUCAUGAGCGACCGCGCCAGUAAAGCCCUUGCAGAGGCGUCUUUGCCAGGAGAACCUCAAACGUACGAUGCUAGAUCCAAACGCAGCGGAGUCCCUCUGGCUACUCUUUAUUAUCGUGAUUAUGGGCGGCGCUCGAAAGAAGAAAAGGCCGAAGGCCAAUAGUAUUUUAGUCCAUUAAAGGAGAAAGCCCUUGAAAGGUAUUUGAAACAGAUGGCUGACCUUGUGAAUCCUGUGCGAAUUAAGUUUCUCCCAUCCCUUGCCUUUAAUAUCGCCCGCCGGCGUUCUACAACGAACAAAGCGACUAAGCCUCCGAGUAAGAACUGGGCUCAAGCCUUCCAAAAGCGUCAUCCGGCAUUAAAAUCACAACGAAUGAAGGCGAUGGACUGGAACCGCCAUGAUAGAAACAUAUAUGAUAAGAUAAUACAUUGGUUUGAGGUAAUCGGGAAAGUUUUAAAUGAUUCGGCUGUUCUGCUAGAGAAUGUCUAUAAUAUAGACGAAACAGGAGUCAUGCUAUGCAUGCUUAACUUUGUCAAAGUCUUCGUCAGUAAAGACGAUAAACGAGACUAUAGAGGCGCAGGCGUCAAGCGAACCACAGUGACUGCCAUUGAGUGUAUUAGUGGAAACGAUGCUAUGAAAGGCAGGAAAAAUCGUGGCCGAAAGCGCAAGAACACUAUAUUGGAGGUGGAUGACCCAGGGGCGGAGCCAGAAGAAGCACAUGCUGCGAAAGAAUUGCAGGCAAAGAGGAAACGCGGCCGGAAGCGUAAGAGUGUUGUAGAAGUGGCCGACGACACUGAACCAGAACCAGAACCAGAGCCAGAGCCAGAAGUGGCACGGACGAUAGAAGCGUCAGUCUCAUGGAGAGCACCAGUGGCUCACAUGUAUUGA